AGGUAAACAAACUUGAUAACGCACGUGGGGGUUUUGGGUGUGUCUUGGUUUCCUGCCCUAUUCCCUGCUUUCCUGUGUGAGUACCUGCUUGGGGGAUAUAGACUGAAAGAACGGCAGCGAUGACAGUCUCUGGCCGCAGCAGGCGUGGCCCACAGACGGCAUGAGUGUGGCUGGGCAUGGCAGGGCUGUGUGGCGGGUGUGACAUUCCCUCGUGGGUCGUGUUUGGUCGGUUCCACGGAGAAAUACCAGGAAACGCUGAAAACGCCUUGCAGUUUCUCCGCGACCACGGUGUUCUGCCUCGCUGCGUGUGGUGUCCGCGCUGCAAGCUCCCCUGCCACCUCCGCAAGGACUCGCCGAGGUGGUACUGCAGCUCCUACAAGGUCGUCAGGCACACGAAAAAACGACUGCGCUGCAAUUUCUCGGUUUCCGACUACAAAGGCACGUUUUUUGAGCAGGCGCACGUCGAGCCGUGGAAAGUGGUGCUGUUUGUGAACCACUGGCUGCGGAAACACUGGGACCAUGCCGAGGUGGUCAACAACUUGAGGUUUUCCUCCGAGACGUCCGUUCAGUGGCGGAGGAACUGCUCCCUGGUGACGGAGACCUGGCUGGAGCGGCAGGAGGCCAUUGGCGGACGCGGCGUGGUGGUUGAGGUCGACCGGAAACUCUUCUGCAAACGGAAAUUCAAACGCGGGAGGCCGGUGAGCCAGAUCUGGGUGUUGGGCGGGAUUGAGCGCGAAUCGAAGUGUGCCUUCAUCGUUCCCCUGAUUGACAAGGUAGGGAGGGACGCGAUUGUUCCGCAGGUGACUAAGUACAUCCGCCCGGGGUCUGUGGUGGUGUGUGGCCAGUGGGGGGCGUCUCUCUCCCUGCACAAGCUUGGCUACACCUUCAUCACUGCCCAGGCUGACGAGGAGGAGGAAAGCGACUCGGCCACACCUAAGGCAGAAGUAGAGGGAGAGGAGACUGACUACACUACUGCUACACCCCACACAGACUUUGCUACCCCUGCCACACCAGCUGAGGAGGAAAAAGAAACCCAAACACACCUGGAACCACGCGAAUGCACCACAACACGAGCCAGUAACUUUGCAAAGACAUCGCACGCCACUCCGACGAGGCAGAAAACGCACACACUCCCAGUAACUCAAAUUGCCGAGGAUUUAGACAAGCCCGGCACGCACACCACGGCCGACACGUCUCCCGCGGCCGCCAGACACCCGCCAGCCCACACAGAGACCAUCAGGGACCUCUGGAAAGACCUCAAAGACUGGGUAAGAAAACCUGGUAUGCGAUUGGACUAUUUUCAGGAAUAUUUAUCAAGGUUUUUGUUCAUCCGUCAUCACAAGGACCAGCACCUUCACCGCUUCUUCAUCGAGACUGCACGCCUGUUCCCGCCACACGCCGACCUCAGCGCCCCCACAGACACACCCGCAGACACACCCGCAGACACACCCGCAGACACUCACCAGGGCACGCACAAGAGUCGGUAUGCAGAGAAUGUGGAAUUUGGCGAAACUUCAGAUUAGCGUUGUUAAGGUGUUCUCUUCAAACAACAACAACAACAACAACAACAACAACAACAACAACCACUAAACCUAACCUAACCUAACCUAACCCCAAACAACACCAGAAACACCCCAAAAAAAAAAAACAAAAAAACACACUUAAAUACCCUCCCUUAAUUACCAAAGCCCUCCCUGACACACCCCACCACUGCCCCCCCUCCACUGCUCCCCC